AUGCCACUUAUGGAUAGUGCUUGGCAAGUACAUGAUAUACCCGUUAUUAAAGAAAUUGAUCGAUUAACAAAAUCAUUCUAUGCAAAACAUCCAAUAAAAAAUUCUAAUGAAAAAACGAAAUUAAUUUCACUUGAAGCAAAUCGUAUAUUUACACCGAGUGAAUCAUGUGGCAUGUGUGAUUCAGAUAUUGAAACACGUUAUGAUCUUUAUGAUCGUGUUAUUACGGUUCGUCUUGGUACUGGUGUACCACUUGGUACCCGUGGUACUAUAAUUGGUGUUAUGCUUGUCUUGAAGCCCUUUUUAUUUGGUAAAAAUAAUCAACAAUGUCGAAUUACCGUUCGUUCUUAUCAUUUACUUAAUUAUUCUCAUUCACUUCGUAUUCGUUCAAUAACUAAUUAUCAACAACAACGAACAAUUCCAGGCGAAAAUGUUUGGGAAAAAAGAUUAUUAGAACAAUCAUCAUCACCUCGACAAACACAAGGACAGCAACAACCGACUCGAAUUCUUAAACGAACUUCAAAUGAUACUAAUUCUUCAACAGUAACAACACCAAAAUCAGCACCACCAACAACAUCUACACACGAAAAGCCUAAUUUUGUCGAAGUAACAACUACUUCUAUUAAAGAACAACAAAUGAUAACAAAGUCUACACAUUUAACAUCAACAGAAAAAUCAACAUUGCCUCAAGUAACAACAACAAAUUCAUUAUUACUUUCACCAUGUCAAAAAAAUUCUCUAUUACCUCCAUCACCAGUUGAAAAACUUCCUGAACCAGAACUUAAUAUUCCAUCAAUAUAUACAACCUUGCCAAUCGCAAGUGAAUCAACAGCACCGUUGACAGCUUUUCCUACAAAUCCAAGACCAGAUUCUUUAUUAUUGCGUGCCAUUCAAGAAUCAAAACAAAUGCAAAAUCUCGUCGAACAUCAACCGAAUACUCAAUCAAUAAUUGUUCAACAACAAUGGGAUGCUAUUCCACCGCCAUCAUUACCAAUAUCAUGUAAAACCAUUCCAACAUCAUCACUAGCAACACAACAACAACCUGUUGAUCUCCUCAUGUUACAUCAACAAACAUGGGAAACUUCAACACGUCAACCAGCUCCAAAUACAUUCUUUGCGCAGGCAAUUGAAAAUAUGUCACGUGCACCACCAUCUUCAUUACUAUCUUCUCAAUCUGAACAACAAUCAUCAAUAUAUAGUAGUCCAUCACAAUCACAAUCAUUUCAACAGCAACAACAACAGGCAUCUCUCUCUAUUCUUCAGCGUGCGAUUCAACAAUCUGAGCAACAAUUUAAUACAAAUCAAACAUCUGCAAUAUCAAAUGAAUUUAUGCAUGUCGCACCUUUUCAACCAUUUGAUUUAUUAUAUCCAAAUACAUAUCCUGGUUUUCCUAUUGCACCUUUACUCAAUCAAGUUCCAUAUCAAUAUCAACAACAACAAUCACCAGUCCAAUCGAACAAUAUACGCAUGGUAUCAUCUCAUACAAUAUCUAGUCCUUAUAUGUCUCAUAAUUCUCCACCAUCACAACCACAAACAGCACAACAAAUGAGUUCACCUCGUACGACAGGUGGAUCAACUCUUCAAUUUGUUCCAUCACAAAUUGACAUUUAUGAUGUACGACAAUUAAAUGUUAUACCUAUUCAUGCAUGGAAAGAACAACGAGAAAAAAUAACAUGUAUUACUUUUAGUCGUGACCAUCAGGGUAUAUUAACAACAACAAGUGAUGGCAGUUGUUUGGAAUAUAAUAAAGAAGAAUUAAAAUCAAUGGCAGAUGCAUCACAGUCACAUGUUCAACAUUUUACAGAUGCAGAUAAUGCUAUUCCUAAUGUGAAAGUAUUGAAUAAUAGAGGUUGUUCAAUUUGUCGUGAUGGCCUUGUACGUGUCUAUAUGAGAUCCUGA